ACAGCCUGCUUUACCAUAAUAACACUGUUAACAGCUGACAGAAAAUUUCUGAAAGAAAGUGGGUGGAUGUGAUGUAAUGAUAAAUGAUUAAUAUUAACAGGAAUGUUCACUAAAUUAUAUUUAGUAAAAUGUGGUUCAUUAUAUACAGUGAAAGAGCAUUUCUCUAUUAUAUAUUAAUUAGACGCAACAUCCGGGCCCCUAAGCCCCGCCCAUUCGUAGACAAAGGUUAAUACCCACUGCAGUUCUAUCCUCUUAUUCUGUUUCUACAUCACUACUGAGACGCAUCUGCAUCCCAUCGCCCAAGCGCUCGGAGAACAGAGAGUACAGGGAUGAUGAUGAUAAACAUACCGAGAAACUGUGUCAUAUAGAGAGCACCUCACUCCGCCUUGCACAUUCUCCAAGGAUGCCGACCACUGAGGCAGAGACUGUCUUAUAAUAGGGCUACAGUCUGCAGGACGCAAAAAGCAGCUUGUGUCUGCAGACAAAACAUCGAGGGACUCUGUGUGAAGCUUACAGGGCAUUAAGAGCAUCGACUAAUCCUGUUCAUGGCCACAAAUAUAAAUGCGCAGAGCAAAAAAAGGACUUUUGCGUGAAGAAGGAGAUGAUCGGAGUAAAGAAGACGGAGCAGCAGCAGUAGGAUUGCAAUCAUUCAGUGUUAUUUAAUUUUUUUAGCUAUUGGAAAUGGGAGCUUUGACAAGCCGUCAGAAUGCAGGAGUGGAGGAGGUCGAUAUACCAUCCAGUUCUGUUUACAGAUACCCACCCAAAUCCGGGAGUUAUUUUGCUAGCCAUUUUAUAAUGGGAGGAGAGAAGUUUGAUUCAAGUCAUCCUGAAGGCUACCUCUUUGGUGAAAAUACUGACCUCAACUUCCUAGGCAACAGACCCGUAGUGUUCCCGUAUAAUGCUCCCCCUCCUAAUGAGCCAGUCAAGACCCUCCGCAGUCUCAUCAACAUCCGUAAAGACACUCUGCGACUUGUCAGAUGCAGUGAAGACAUGAAGCUGCCUGGACAGGACAUUGGGAAAAGCCACAGCUGCUAUAAUAUUGAGUUUACCUUUGAUGCUGACACACAAGUUGCCAUCACUAUAUACUACCAAGCCAUUGAAGAGUUUCACAAUGGUGUGCCAAUAUACUUGCCCCAGGACAGCUCUCUGCAGUCAGAGACGGUGCAUUUCAAACGCGGCGUCUGCCAACAGUUCUGUCUGCCCUCUCAUUACGUCAACUUAACAGAGUGGGCAGAUGAGGAGCUUUUGUUUGACAUGGAUAAAGACAUCUACCCCAUGGUUGUACAAGCAGUAGCCGAUGAGGGAGAUGAACACUUGGGACACUCCCAUGUUCUACUUGCAACCUUUGAGAAGCAUAUGGAUGGAAGUUACUGUGUAAAACCUCUGAAACAGAAACAAGUGGUGGAUGGUGUUAGUUACCUUCUGCAGGAGAUCUACGGUAUAGAGAACAAAUACAACAGUCAAGAAUCAAAGGUGGCUGAAGAUGAGAUUAGUGACAACAGUGCUGAAUGUGUGGUGUGUUUAUCGGACGUGCGGGACACACUUAUCCUGCCCUGCAGACACCUGUGCCUCUGCAACGCCUGCGCAGACACACUGCGUUACCAGGCCAACUGUUGCCCCAUCUGUCGACUGCCGUUUCGUGCCCUCCUUCAAAUUCGAGCGAUGAGGAAAAAACUGAGCCCACACACACCUACCGGAUUCAACCCUGUCAUCACCUCACAGACGUCAGAUUCAGAGGAGCACUCGGCAUCAGAGCACAUCCCACCAGGCUAUGAAGCUGUGUCCUUGUUGGAGGCCUUGAAUGGGCCCCUGAACCCAUCGCCAUCUGCUCCUCCACUUCAGGGCCUCACCAGGGGCCAUGUUUCGGGAUCUGUGCCCACAUAUGGCAGUGAUAGCCACCACACGCCCACGCGCUCCCUCUCUCCACUAGAACACUCUGUCAACUCCAGUCAGAAUGUGAAACACAAGAAGAGUGGCUCUAAAUCCCUCUCCCAGAGUUCUUCAGUGCUGCCUGAGGAGGAGGAUGAGAAGUCAUGCAGCGAAUCUGAAGUGCAAACGUGCAGGAGAAAGCUGCAUGUAGAACAGCAAGAGUCUGGAGUGACUCCUGAAAGUGACAACAUCACCCUGUCAUCCUCCGGGGCCAUAGACCAGUCCUCUUGCAACGGGACCCCUCUCUCCUCCACAAUCACCUCCCCAGAGGACCCAGUAAGCAGCAGCCUGGCCCAGUCUGUGAUGUCAAUGGCGUCUUCUCAAAGUCAGCACUCUCAGAUUAGCACCGACACACUCUCGUCAAUGUCUGGAUCCUACAUGGCUGGUGCUGAGGGAGAGGAGGCCACAGAGACCCCAGCAGAGAGUCGAGCGCCUUCCCAACAUGAGGGUGAGGAAGUCCCCAAUGAGGCGAGAGGGCAUAACUUUGUGGCUGCCAUUCUUGAAGAACAGGAUUCAGAGGGAAAUGAUGUGACUGAGGAAGAUUGUGCAUCUCCCACCAAAGAACAUGGUGGGCGCAGGAGGAGUGAGGUGCCUUGUCCAGAGUUUGACAAUAACAAUCAGGGGCAGUCUGACAGCCACUGUAUGACAGGCCUGGACAAUGAGCAGCCUCCUGACGGCCGAUUCGCUGGUCUGUUAUACCUCGACGUCUGUUGUCAUGGACGGGAUCCUUUGACUCACCAUGCGUCCGCCAGCAACAUCAACCUUGAGGAGCAAGGGGUCACCAAUGACGCUGCAAACCCCAAGAACAAAUGUCAUCGUGGACCCCUAGCUGUAUGAAAUCCUCAGUCCAUCCAUUCAUAGACCUACUCCAAUCCUGAGAGGAAUAUCUGCCUCUUUCUUCAUGCCACCUCCACCCAAACUUGUGCCCACACCAAUUACUCGUGGAUCAAAUCCUAAAUGCAAACCAGGGAGAACUGACUGUGUGGUUUCUCUUCUCCAUUGUGAUAGAUGUCAUGUUUUUAGUGCUCUUUUGGUGUUGGCACUUGUGUAAAGCACCACGUUUACACCAACGCUCCACCCCCUCAUGCGUACAAAUGAAGGAAUGACUCAAGCAAGCUCUCCUGCUGAAAGGCAGGAAAACAAGGCCAUGAUGAAGACUCCAACCUCUGAUCCAAGCAGCAUUUCAGUGUUUAUCUCUUAGAGAGCAGCCCAACUUCAUGUUAAGGCUGUGCAACUAUGCUUUUUAAAGUUAAUAAUCAAAUCCUGCUGAUCUGAAUCAACAUCAGAUCAGCAGAUCAACAUGUACUAUUGGAAAUCUGCCCACAAUACUCAAGAUACAAAGAUGUAAAGAAUACGAUGGAAAAGAGUGAGAUGAAUUUUCUGAACUGACAUCAGAACAAUCAAUCCUUCACGAUAUUAACUUUAGAGCAAUAACACAUAUUUGCUCAUGUUUCUGCCCUUGUCAGUUUGCUGCAGCUCACUUUGAGCUCUACGUACAGCCUUGCAUGCUACACAGACACAAAGCUACUGAGCUGCCUAACUUGCAUUACGCAUCUGGCCACGGAGAUGUUACUGAACUGCUUACUACCAAGCAUUUUCAAACAUUUUCAUAGGAGAUGGAAAUGUCUGGGAAAAGUUGCCUGUGACAUCCACCUGUGGGUCGUAACUCAGAUUGCUACUGUUGAUGGUAUGUUAAAUUUCAUAAAGCUACUUUUUGUGUGUUGUUUAAAAAAGAAGUGUUCAUUUAUUUCAUGUCUAAGGUACAAUUUAGCAUAUGUUACAGUUAGUCAAUUUGUACCUGAAGCAAAGCUGAAGUAGCUCUUCAGAAGUGUGUUGUUGGACCGAUAUGGAUCGCUAUGCCAGGCAUUUUGGUAUACAAGUUCUUAAAAAAAAAAAAAAUUUAUGUAUUCCUUUUGAAAAGUAUUGCACUUUCCUAUAGGGUUCCUUAACCGAAAGUGUUUACUUAGUGCCAGUUGUCAUCAUACAUUGAAAAUGAAGGAAAGACUUUAAAAAUUGUGCCACUAACUUGGAAAAACAAGCAGCAACUAUUCAGUUUCUCGACAGUUCUGCCAAUCCAAUUCAUAGUGUUUAAACUUGCACUUUGUUUUUACCAAUGGUAUGUUAGUGGCUAUUUUACUUUACAAAAAUCUUCUACUGAUCUCUGUGUUCUCUUUUCAAUCCCUAGAAGGGAUAGUUCACUCAAAAAUGAUUUAGAAUUUUCCCAAAAUUACAUUUGACCCCAUUGACUUACAUGGUGUUCUACAGAAGAAAAAAGGUCAUGCAGGUUUGGAACGACGAUAUGAAGGUGAGUAAAUGAAAAUCAUUUGAGAUUUUUGGGUGACCUAUCCCUUUAUGAUCAUUCCUACAAUUCAUUCAUCUGAGCCAGUUUUUUUAUUCAUUAGCACUUGUCUGGACUAUCUUAAUAAAAAAAAGGAUUCACAGUACAAUCAAAUAGUGAUUAUAACUCUCUUAAAAUGUCUAUUGUACUUUGAGAACCAACCAAGCUUUUCCUUUGUGUGGAAAAUGUUUAUUUUAUUUUAUUUAUGUUAGCUUAGCUCUGGUUAUUGUUGUAAUAGUCUGUUCAAUGUGUUGUUUACUGUAGUAUAUGAAUGGUGUGAAAUUUCUCCAAAUGGGAUUGUAUACAUUACAUGUGCACUAGUAGAUUUUCCCUUGAGAGCAGAUAUGCGGUGCAUGUGGUAAGCGCAUAGUAGUUGCAGUCAGAAAAUAGACAUCCUCCAACUUUACAUUUGCACUAUAUGUGUAGCCCUUCCACACUGAGCACACUGUGUAAGCAACAGGUACUGAGUGUCACAAGACAAGCAAUACAGCCGCAUAAUAGCACGUAGUUGUCUGCAGGCAGUACAGAUAAACUUAGCCAUGCAUUGAAUGUUUUACAGCAGAAUGUCACAUUUACCUGCAGAGAGAAAACUGCAUAGAGCAUGGAUAAAUUCAAGGGGUUGUCUCCAGUUUUGUUAUCUGUAUUGCUUUUGUUCUGUCCUCUUUCUGCCCCAGGAUAAGUGACUCAAAGUUAAACCUACAUGAGGAAUGGGCUGCAUCAAUUCACUUUUGCAGAAUGAAGAUUACAAAAUGUCAAAAACAUAAUAAACUUUUUCUUAAAAACAA